UUCAUACAUAGCCUACGUAUUCAACAUUCAAGCAGUUAUACCUAAAGUAAAAAUUGUCAUUUCAAUCGGCAGAAAAUUGUAUUUUAAAUGGUCAAGUUCCAUCAUGAAUAUCACAAAAACUAGCAAUAAAAACACACGUGUCUCUGUUCAGCAAACACAAGACGACAAAAAAAAUUAUACCAUUGUGACGAUAAAAUAAGUCGGUUCAAAAAAAAAGUUCAAACGAAUCCACAACCAGAUGAAUAUUGUGCCACGUAAUCGCGAGUCCAUCAUGAAAACCAACGCGACCAGAAAUCAAAACGGAUCAGUAAUGCUUCAGAAAGUUCAGGAUGAUAAAAAAUGGCAAACAUCUGAAACUAGAUCUGAAAUUGAUGCAGGAAAACCUCCUUUACUUUUCUCAAAACGACUUUUAAUAGCUGUGUUAUUAUUUUUAACAAAUGCAAAUAUGAUCUUUGUGAGAUACAACGUGAAUGUCGCUGUUGUCGAAAUGGCAUUCCCCAAACCAAUCAACGCAAGUGGACAUGGAAAUGGAAAUGGAAGUGGAAAUGAUACUGAGAUGCAACCGGCAGAAUUUCAAUGGGAUAGCAAAACAGUUGGGUUAGUUCUCAGUAUCCUGUUCUAUGGUAAUUUAUUAUCGUUUUUGAGCGGUUUUGUUAUAUCCAAGAUGGGAGGAUCGAAAAGUAUGUCCAUAAUGCUGUUGAUUUGUGGUAUCACAACAUUCCUUCACCCUAUUGCUUUGCGUUCCAGUUUCUAUUUAUUUUUAUUUUGUCGUUUUAUGACUGGAAUAAUGGCGGGUUUUGCCAAUGCUAGUCUUGUUGAGGCAUGUUCCCACUGGAUGCCAAAAAGUGAACGAGGAACCCUGAUGGCAAUCUGCUUCAAUGGCUUAUACGUAGCGACAGCGAUUAUCCAUCCAAUUGUAGGAUUCAUAAUAUCCGUAGGGGGAUGGCCCAUGGUGUUCUACAGUACAGGUGUUGUAAGCUUCCUGCUUUCAUUAGUUUGCCUAAUUCUCAUCCGAAAUCAUCCUUCUGAAGACAACUGGAUUUCCAAAAAAGAACUCUCGUACAUACUCGAAGAAACAACCACCACACGAAAGAGAACUGGCACGACUUAUCCAUACAUAGUAAUUCUAACAUCUGUACCAGUGGCGAUGCUCUGUAUAAUGAACCUUCUUUGCAGCUGGAGUGUCAGCAUAGUGCUAACUAGCCUGCCCUUGUUCUUGAAAGAUUCUACAGGAAAAGGUACUGAAGAAGUUGCCUUCAUUUCUUCACUUCCCUGUAUCCUUGGUAUUUUUAUUUCUCUACUAGGUGGUCCAUUAAUGGAUUACUGGAAGAAUCAUAGCAGUAUUACACUAACUCAGAUGCAUAAAAUAGUGAUAGGCAUAGCGUAUACCACCCAAUUCAUCUUGCUCGUUGCUGUGACAUUUGUUCAAGACUUGGUUGCAACCAUCAUCAUUUUUGUGCUGAUUAGUUUAUUUCAACCUUUGAUGUCACUACUUCUGCAACUGAUAUGCGUCAAUUUGGCACCAAAUCAUACUGGUCUUAUUGCUGGUUACACAUUCAUCUGGUAUGCAACAGGUCCAAUUGCAGCUCAAACGGUAGCAGGGUUUAUGACCCCUUGUCACAGUAUAAGCGAAUGGAACAGCUAUUUUCUCUUGACAGCUGGAAUUAUACUUUUUGGCACAGUACUAUUCGUUUUAUAUGGAUCUAGUGAACCUCAGCCAUGGUCAAUGUCGCCUAAUUCUGAAAAAAAAUUGAACUUGACCGAAAAGAACGAAGAAGAAAGUGUGACCAGUAGAUAACUGAUUGAAGUGUAGGUGAUAUUGUACAUAAAUGUGCAUAUUUAUUAAAUGGAUAGGAAUUAGGCAGCUGAAUUGGAUCAUCAUUUAACAGAUUUAAUUUCUUGUACAGCUCAGAUAUCCCUUUUGUCUUUCGUAUUUAACGAUGUAUAUGUACUUAUGAAAAUUAUUGUGCUUGAAAUAAUUUCAUCAAACAUAUGUAAAUAUGCCUAAUGUUUUGUAUGCAGGUAUUGAGUUUCUCCUUGUAAUUAAACGCAAUUUGUAAAUGUU